AAAAAAAAUGUUUACGAGAUACGAGAGAUAGUUUUUCUAAAUACUCUAAAUCUCAAUUGUAAGAAUCAAACGUUCGAAUUCAAACGAAAGUAUUAACCGACUAAGAGAAUUAAUAUAAUUUCUCGUAGAACUUGAGAUUCAGUCUUCAUCCGAUCUCUGAACAGUACAGUUCCUCUCUUGUGCUCAAUUUAGUGCAAGACACUACGAUGUAUACUACAAUGAUAUUUUAAAAAUAUGUUACGAAAUGGAAGAAACUAUCGCACUAAUAAAGUCUUGCAUAAUUUCACAAAAGGGAGGCAUACCAAUAAAUCAUUUAAAUUAUGAAUUUGAAAAAAUAGUCGGGGAACCAAUACCUUAUGCAAGAUUAGGAUUUUCUAAUUUGCACGAAUUAUUAAAAAAAGUAGACGGAUUGAAGACCAUUAAAAGGGCCGAUGGGGUAGAAACGUUAUUAGUAAAUGAUCCCAAAAUUAAACAUAUAGUCGAUUUAAUACAAAAACAAAAAGAAAAUUACAAGGCCAAUAAGGUAAAUGAAAUUUACAUUGAAAUAUCUAUAUUUCGUAUCUUUUCAAAAUCUAUCGUAAAUACAUUGGAUUUUGAUUUUUCUUUUGUUUUUUUUUUUCAGUCAAAGCAUUACAAACGUUUUGUACCGUUUGAUUCAAGAAACUUCAAUAAUAUUACUCGUAAUAAUGGUAAAGAUAAUAAAAAAUUAGAAUUUAAUAAUAAAGACAGAGUCUGGUUCUACGAUAAUGAAAUAUACAAUAAACGACAGGAUGUUGCGAUAAACGGAAAUCGAAAUUUAACUGCAGCUUUGUAUUCGUUUAAUUCAGAGGAUCAAAAUUAUGAUAAAUAUUGUCUCUCUGCAAAACUUAAUAAUGAAUACAGUAAUAUCGUAGUUAUCGAAGCAUGUAAGCCAAUAAAAGAGACAAAGAUUUAUGAACCGAUUAUUCUCAGUCAUCAGCUAAUAGGAGAUGAUUUUUUUCUACAAUUGGUAAUACGACAUCUUGGUCUACCUGUAUGGCGUCAAGCAGGAAAUAUGGCUCUUCAUUGCGGUUUGUGUAUAUCGGGACAAACUAUAAGCGAUUGCAUCAAAAGAUUAAACGAGGUUGAAUGCAUUUCGAAUAAAAUUGUUAUCAUGUUGGGAGCUGUUGAUAUAUAUAACGGUGAUACUUCGCAAACUUUGAUCACAAAUAUGAAAAAUUUGUUGAAGAUAUUAAAAUAUAAAUUUGCCUUUUCUAACUCGGCAAUCAAAAUUUGCACUAUUCCACCAUUGGCAAAUUUAUCGUUGUAUGGACACGUUAAUAAAGUAUCGACACUUUAUUCCUUCAACAAUUGGAUUCGAUGUUUAAAUUGCGUAGAAAAUAAUCUCAAUAGAAAUUCUAAUAACAUCGAUGACAAUUAUUAUCAAAUAAUCGAUCUUUUUCAACAUUUUACGGAUGAAAAUUAUACCACCCAAUACGAAUGGUUUCAAUUAAAUGCUCGUAUGGUAUCCGGUUGCAAACAUCCUUACGUAUUGUGGAACAAAUAUGGACGUAAACGUGCGAUGGAAUUAUUAACCGCUGAAAUGUGAGUUUCCCCUUUCGUGUUAUUUAUUUAAAUAUUAGGCAUUGAUUAAAUGUUUCGUCUUUUUUUUUAUAAAAAUUAUACAAGAUCAACUGCUAAAGUUUCAACCGUCUCGACGUCCUUAUCCGUUGCUCUCGUUAACGGAUUGCUUUUUAAGGAUUAUCAGACGCUU